AUUUUAGAAGACAAUAACACAACGAAAAUACGUCAUAUCAAUCUGAACUUUUGAGCAAUUCAAAUUGCAUACAAAUUGACAGGUUAAGACAAAUCUAACAAAAGUAAACAUUUGAGCAAUUCAAAUUGCAUACGAAUUUGACAGAUUAUGACAAAUCUAACCAUCACCACUACAAAUUAGCACGUUGUCAUCAUAUCUACGCUAAAUAAAGAAAAAAAACUAAAUUCAUAGUAAAAACUCCCUAACAGUAUGGCUGCAGCGUCAUCAGUUUCUUCUCCACCGCUUUGCCUCGCCGGUCGAGUCGCUAUAGUCACCGGAUCCUCUCGAGGAAUAGGCCGUGCCAUAGCCAUCCACCUUGCCGAGCUUGGGGCUAGGAUCGUCGUUAAUUACUCCACUAGCCCCGUUGAGGCUGAGAAGGUUGCGACGGCGAUUACAUCCAACUAUCCAAAGAACGACGCUUCGGAAGCCGCCGGAAAUAGUCCACGUGUCAUUGUGGUGAAGGCUGAUAUCUCGGAGCCGAGCCAGGUAAAGUUGCUUUUCGAUGAGGCAGAGCGAGCCUUCGAGUCACCGGUUCAUAUCUUGGUUAACUCAGCCGCUAUAGCCGAUCCUAAUCAUUCCACUAUCUCAGAUAUAUCAGUAGAACUUUUUGACCGCAUUAUCAGUGUCAACACAAGAGGUGCGUUUCUUUGUGCUAGAGAAGCUGCGAACAGGCUAAAACGUGGAGGCGGUGGCCGGAUAAUUCUCCUCUCAACUUCACUGGUUCAAUCCUUAAAACCAUCCUAUGGCUCAUACACGGCUUCAAAGGCAGCCGUAGAAGCCAUGGCCAAGAUUCUUGCAAAAGAGCUCAAAGGAACAGAAAUCACUGUAAAUUGUGUUUCUCCCGGACCCGUCGCCACAGAGAUGUUUUUUACAGGAUUGAGCAAUGAGAUUGUAGAGAACGUGAAGUCACAGAACUUAUUUGGUAGAAUCGGUGAGACCAAAGACAUCGCACCUGUAGUUGGGUUCUUAGCCAGUGAUGCUGGCGAAUGGAUCAACGGUCAAGUCAUCAUUGCUGACGGUGGCUCUCUCUUGUAAAGAAAGAGAGUGGUUAGUCUUCUUAUAAAAUCAAAGCUUUCAAAUUUCAAACGUUGGAUUUGAUCUGACGAAAAGAAACAUCAAUAAUCCAUGUAUCAAAUACAGUCAAAUACAACCUCUGCUUUAUGUGCUCUGUUCUUGGUGAUAAGAAUUACGGUUUGUACUCUGUUCUUAUCACAACGUUACAACA